CUGAGGCGAGCCCGCCGCCUGGGAAGUGCGCGUGCGCAGACGGGGGCUAGCUGUUUCGCGGCGCCGCAGGGAGGGCUUCGCCGGAAGCGGAAGCGGCUCCAAGCAGCGUUCGGAGCUAAGGCGGAAGCGGCGGUUGGUGGGGACAGGCCCUGAAGAGCAAUGGGGAACACCAGCAGCGAGCGCGGAGGAGUGGAGCGCCAGGGUGGCCACAAGACCCCGCGCCGAGACAGCGCCGGGGGAGCCAAGGAAGGGGACAGGCCCAAGAUCCUGAUGGACAGCCCCGAAGAUGCCGACUUGUUCCAUUCAGAGGAAAUGAAGGCUUCUUUGGAGAAAGAAGAAUUCCUGGCUUGGCAGCACGAUGUGGAGGUGAAGGAUAAAGCCCCUACCCAAGCUCGGCCCACUGUCUUUCGCUGGACUGGAGGAGGGAAAGAAGUCUAUCUAUCAGGCUCUUUUAAUAACUGGAGUAAAAUUCCACUUACAAGGAGUCACAAUAAUUUUGUAGCAAUCCUUGAUCUUCCAGAAGGUGAACACCAAUACAAGUUCUAUGUGGAUGGUCACUGGACACACGAUCCUUCAGAGCCUGUAGUAACCAGCCAGUUGGGGACAGUCAACAAUGUUAUUCAGGUGAAGAAAACAGAUUUUGAAGUCUUUGAUGCUUUAAUGGUCGACUCUCAAAAGUGCUCAGACAUGUCUGAGCUGUCAAGUUCACCCCCUGGACCCUACCACCAGGACCCCUACAUCUGUAAGCCAGAGGAGCGGUUCAAAUCUCCCCCCAUUCUUCCUCCACAUCUGCUGCAGGUUAUUCUAAACAAAGACACUGGGAUUUCGUGUGAUCCAGCUCUGCUUCCAGAGCCUAACCAUGUCAUGCUGAAUCACCUCUAUGCGCUCUCCAUUAAGGAUGGGGUGAUGGUGCUCAGUGCCACCCACCGUUACAAGAAAAAAUAUGUGACCACCUUGCUGUACAAGCCCAUAUGAACUGUGAGUGGGUACCCUGACUGCUAGAGCACCAGAGGCAAGAGCUCCAAAGUGUGACCUCACUGUCAAAAUCAGUUAAACCAAAAAAAGAGGCCAAUUUGUUGAAUAGCCCUGUGUGCACGUUGCUCUCUUUCUCUUCGCCUGUCUCCUGCUAUGGAUUUUCUUCAGCCCAACAAGCAGGUAUACAUGGUGAAAAUCUGAGGAUUGCCCUGCAAUCCUUGCCUGUUAAAAAAAGAACCCAAAACCUGAGACAAAAGGGUUGCAGAGUACAUUUAGCCUAGUGUUUGGGUUUUUUUGUCCUCAAUUUAAAUAGGCUACCAAGAAUAGACCUGUAUAUAUCAGGUCCCCAAAGGAGCUGGGCUUUUUCUGUGCUAACAGAUGUAAAGGGAGCCACUUCUUGAGGUUUUUUUUUUUUUUUGGGUGGGGAGGGCUUACCUAUAUUGCUUGGCUUUUCUUCCUCCUAUUUUCCCCUCUGGCAGUAGUGGCCUCUAGACUCCCUGAGUGUAGGCAAAAGACAAGCUUUUGGUACCAUGAACAAUCCUGUGCAGCAGCCUGGUAAAACUUACUUUGCUAUAACUGGGCUGAUUUAGGUGGGAAUUAACUGGUCAGCAGCAAAAAAAUUCAAGGGGGUGGGGGAAUCAGGGCUUACUGUCAGUCUUUGGGCCCAAACCUAGUGAGUCCUACAAGUCUUGUCCUCUUCCACCAUCAUGCUCUGGAAAAUAGGUUUUAUGUAAAGUAUUUCUCCUAAAUGGCAAGAACUGUGGGGUCUUCCCUUGCAACAGUGUUCAGGACAAAGGAAUGAGUCCAGCAGUGGUACAAUGACAGGGUGGAAAGCUGUUUGUUUUCUUUGAAUGCUGAUGUCAGUUGUCAAUGCACUGAGAAAAUACACUCCCAAGUCUCCUCAGGAGCCAGCUUGUGCCUUUUUGCCAGAGCUUGGCAAAGUGACCUUUGGGAACUGAAGCUCCCAGAAUUGCCCAGCCAUCAUGCCAACUGAGGAAUUCAGGGACUUAGUAAUCCGAAAAAGCAACAUUUCCAAACACUGCUUUUGCCAAUCGAGCCGGUGUGGUUUUGCGACGCCUUCUGAUUCCUUAGUAAUC